GAUGUUGGGUCCCCGCGGCGUGACGCGAGCACGGCGGCUCCGCCCCCUGCGUCUCGGGCCUCGCUGGCCUUGGGGGGAUGGUUUCAUCAUGGCGUCAAUGCAGAAACGACUGCAAAAAGAACUGUUGGCUUUGCAGAAUGACCCACCUCCUGGGAUGACUUUAAAUGAAAAGAGCGUUCAGAAUUCAAUUACGCAGUGGAUCGUAGACAUGGAAGGUGCACCAGGAACCUUAUAUGAAGGGGAAAAAUUUCAACUUCUGUUUAAAUUUAGUAGUCGAUACCCUUUUGACUCUCCUCAGGUCAUGUUUACUGGUGAAAAUAUUCCCGUUCAUCCUCAUGUGUAUAGCAAUGGUCAUAUCUGUUUAUCCAUUCUAACAGAAGACUGGUCCCCAGCGCUCUCAGUGCAGUCAGUCUGUCUCAGCAUUAUCAGCAUGCUUUCCAGCUGCAAAGAAAAGAGACGACCACCAGAUAAUUCUUUUUAUGUGCGAACAUGUAACAAGAAUCCAAAGAAAACAAAAUGGUGGUAUCAUGAUGAUACUUGUUGAUGCCACUGUUCUCAUCCUCGUAGCAGAAGAUAGUCCUACUGAGAAAAUGAGCACUUUGAUCAUUCAGUCUUUGAACUUUAACCUUUGACUGGAAGUGACCUAUAGGCAAUGAAGACUACUUCCUUUUACUGCAUUUUUACUCGUGUGCAUUCUGGGCGCAUGUUGAUCGCUGGUUCAGUCCAGGCAACUGACAUGCUUUUAUUAGUCAUACAGUAUUAAUGCAGGUGUCAGGAAAUGUCAAAUAUAAUUCCAUUUUUUUAUUUUUAUUUUUUUAAGCUUUUGGAAAAGUUCCAGGUCCUCAUGUAUUGUGCAAUAACAGUGACUUCCUCAGUGGUUUGGGGACGUUCAUUGCCGGCAAUGGACGUUGUAAAAAGAAGAGUUUUCUUAACUCCUGCCACUUGGUGAUUAAUGCAUGAUAGGGCCUAUGAAAUGAAUUUAUCGGUUGUUGUGGGAUUAUAAGGAAAGUGAGGAAUCCAACAUUACAUUGAAAGCCACCCCAACUGUUGAUCUAUGGAUUCUAUGCACUGUGAUCCUCAGGCUAACAGCAUGAAAUCACAUGCGUCUCUUAAGGACCGAAAGAAAGAUCAUUGAAUAUUUAUUUAAUUGUUUAUAUCUGCUGUCAAACUGUUUUGGCAUGGACAGUUUUCGAGGAACAUUGGCAGAGAGGUACAAUAUGUUAUCCCUAUGGUGAAAUAAAUUCAUUUGUUGUAUAUAGUCCUCAAUCUCUGAAGUAAAGGUGUGAAUAAUAGGUUGUGAAUGGGUUAACCAAGGCGUUGUUUUGGAAGUAAAAAAAAAAAAUGGCAGUGAUGAUUAAAUUACUGCCAUCUACCAUUUGGGCCUGUUAUUAAUUUUCCAAGUAUAUUACACUCUGUUACUUCCUGCUAGCCAUCAGCAUGAGCCCUUUUGCCUAGACACUAUUUCAUUUAUUUAUGUUGAGAAAAAAAUCCAUAAACAUUUUUGUUUGUAAUCUUGUUUCUUUUGUUAUGUUUUCAGUUGUUUAAAUGUUACAAUACUUUAAUUGAAAGAAUUUUGUCAAGUUUUUUCUUGUAAAUUUUCUUUACUUGUAUCAUCUUGUCUUUCAAUACUGUACCCUAAAAUGAGAAAUACAUUUUUGACAGAGGCUUAAUGUUUUAACAAAAGAGUGUGGACAUUAUUAUUUUAAGAUUUUGGCAAAAGGAUACUACAAAAAUGAUCUGUUUGCUUGUUUGUCUCACAUAUCCAUUGUGCAGGGUUUCUUGGAAGAAUUUGUUUUGUUUGUUGAGAAGAUUUUGCUUCCAGCUAGAUGAAGUUUUUCUGCUUUUCUCUACUCUUAUCUAUCUGUAUUUAUCUCUAUCUAUCUAUCUAUCUAUCUAUCUAUCUAUCAUCUAUCAAUCAUCUCUCUCUGUGAUCUAUAAACAGUUGUUGAGAAGGUUCCAUCUGAAGUACCAUGUACCAUGUAAUGAUGCUACAACUAGGUCUUUUUAAGAAGCGAUUAAUGUAUUUUAUAAAUUACCUUUUCACAUAUGCAAGAUCUGUUUCUAUGACAAUGUUAUUUUUACUAAUGCCUUAUUGUUGCACUCUUUUUGAAUAUCUUGCAGUGAAUAUAUUAAUCAAUUUGGGCUGAAAAAUAAAAGCCAGUUGGCUGAAAGGUC